AUGGCGAUCAAGCACAACCAGAAGAUUGUCAACAACCACUUCCGCAAGGACUGGCAGCGACGGGUUCGCACCCACUUCGACCAGCCCGGAAAGAAGGCCUCGCGCCGUGUUGCUCGUCAGGCCAAGGCUGCUGCUCUGGCUCCUCGCCCCGUCGACAAGCUGCGUCCCAUUGUCCGAUGCCCUACUAUCAAGUACAACCGCAAGGUCCGCGCCGGCCGGGGUUUCACCCUGACUGAGCUCAAGGAGGCUGGCAUCGCCCGACCUUUGGCCCGCACCAUCGGUAUCUCCGUCGACCACCGUCGCCAGAACCUCUCCGAGGAGAGCCUGGCCGUCAACGUGGCCCGUCUCAAGGCCUACAAGGAGCGCUUGAUCUUGCUGCCGCGCAAGUCCAACGCCCCCAAGAAGGGUGACACCAAGACCGACCUCUCCAAGGUCAACACGGCCACUAGCAUCUCAUCUGUCCUGCCCAUCGCCCCCACCGACAUUGCUGUCAAGGAGAUUAAGAAGAGCGAGAUGCCCAAGCCCAUCGACGGUGGUGCUUACGCUGCUCUGCGCAUGGCCCGAAGCAACAAGCGAUACCAGGGUGCUCGCGAGAAGCGUAUUAGAGAUAAGGCGGAGGCCGAGACUGCUAAGAAAUAA